AUGUCUGGUCGAUUCGUGCGUUCCUCGAAAUACCGACACGUCUUCGGACGGCCGACGAGAAAGUCGUCGCAGGAGCAAUGCUAUGAUAAUCUUCGCGUUUCCAAGAACGCCUGGGAUACCAACCUCGUCAAGGCCAACCCCAAAUACCUCUCCGUGAACUGGGAAGCCGGUGGUGGAGGUGCAUUUGCUGUCAUUCCUCUGGAGGAGCGCGGGAAGCUGCCCGAGAGGAUACCUCUUUUCCGGGGUCACACUGCCGUGGUCCUCGAUACCGACUGGAACCCUUUCAACGAUGAUCUGAUUGCAUCUGGAUCUGAUGACGGCAAGGUCUUCCUCUGGCGUGUGCCGGAGAACUUCACUCUGCGCCCUGAUCUUGACCCCGAUGAGAUCCAAGAUGUGGCACCUGUUGGCAAGCUUUCCGGUCACCCGAAAAAGAUAGGUCACGUUCUUUUCAACCCCGCCGCUGAAAACAUCCUGGCAACGGCCUCCGGCGAUUACACGGUCAAGAUCUGGGAUAUCGAAGCGGGCGCCCCGAAGCUGACCCUGAACCUGGGCGACAUUGUGCAAUCACAGUCGUGGAGCGCCAACGGCUCCCUUCUGGUUACGACCUCGCGAGACAAGAAGCUGCGCAUUUGGGAUGUGCGUCAGGAACGCCCCGCGCAUGAGACACAAGGACACUCUGGUGCCAAGAACAGUCGUUCAGUCUGGCUUGGUGAGCACGACAGGAUCGCAACCACCGGUUUCUCCAAGAUGAGUGACCGCCAGCUGGCUCUGUGGGAUAUCCGCGCUCCUCGGGAGCCCAUCAACGGAUUUAAGACCCUUGACUCGAUCUCCGGUGUAUGCAUGCCUUUCUGGGACGAGGGCACUCAGUGUCUGUACCUUGCUGGAAGAGGUGACGGUAACAUCCGCUACUUCGAACUCGAGAACGACAAGUUCGAAUACCUUGCCGAAUACAAGUCCGCCGAUCCCCAGCGUGGUAUCGCUUUCAUGCCCAAGCGUGGAGUCAACACUCACGACAACGAAGUCGCUCGUGCCUUCAAGACCGUUAACGAUGGCUACAUUGAACCUAUUUCUUUCAUCGUGCCCCGCCGUGCGGAGACUUUCCAGGACGAUAUCUACCCCCCUACAACUGGCCUGAAGCCUGCUAUGGGCCCCUCUGAGUGGCUUGCGGGCAAGGAGGCCAUUCCACCUAAGAUUUCUAUGGCCAACCUUUACGAGGGUGAGGGUCUGAAGGAGGUCACCGGAGUGCAGGACGCCCCCACUUCCACCAUGGGCGCCUCUGAACCCGAGGCGGCACCGGCUCCCAAGGCCGCCGAGCCCAGUCCCGUGAAGAAGGCACCCGAACCCGCCCCCGAGCCGACCCCGGUGGCCAAGCCCGCCCCGUCCAUGAAGGAGCAGGGUGCCUCAAUGGCCGCCAUGGUCUCCAAGUUUGCCGACGAUGAGGAGGUCGAGACCGUGGAGGAGGAUUCGAGCUUUGAGGAGGUGCAGAAGCCCGUGGAGCGCCCUGCACGCUCUCCCGAAGCCUCAUCUCCUUCCAUCAAGGCCAGCCCAUGGCACCAGAAGGAAGAGGAGGUCAAGACCCAGGCAGCAAGCCCUGCUAAGUCUUCCCCCGUCAUCACCCCCGUUGCCGCGCCCGCCGACAUCUCCACUGGCGCUGCCGUCGCAGCAGACGCCGUCCAGCGCGAGAUCGGAGCGAUCAAGGACCUGAUCGCCGAGCAGACAAAGACGAUCGCCUCCCAAGCGCAGCAGAUGCAGAGCCUGACUGCAGAGAUCGAGUCCCUCAAGGCUAAGCUGGGCUAAGCCUUUGAUAUUAGUUUCCAGAACUUUGGAUCCUUUAAUGUACUGUAUUGAAUUUCCUUAGUCGUUUGUGUUGUGCUGUCUACCAUUAUUAUCCUUAACAACACACCCUAACACCCUAUUAUCGCUCCAAAAGCCCUGUCCCUCUUUCUGCCCUUCUAUGUCCAUAGCCCGUCAUCGUUGUGUGUUAUUAUAUUCUUGAUGACCUGCAGCAUGAUCGCAAUGUCAAUGUCAAUACGAAUACCAGUGUCUCUCUGCCUCUCUCUCUCUCUUUUCUAUGAUGAUUAUGUUGUUGUCGAUUCAGCGGUGGCAAGAUUACUCGAGAUUGAGGCGAAAUUGGAUAGAAUGGAGGUUUUCUAAAGGCGGGUUGGUUAGUGUGGGUAGUUACUAGUAGUUAGUUGUAGACAAGAAAUAUACCACCACGGUCUGUCCGCUUCA